CCUACUGAGGAAAAGCCUUCUGUUCUCUUCAGUCAUGUUGGCUGAAGAGAAAUCAAAUGCGUCUGUGCUGGCCCGGAAUGUAAAGUGCUGGAGGAGCUCACCAGGGGUAAUCCAAGUCAUUUGUUCCAAAUAUCACAAGAGAUGAAAAUAGGAGAGGGGAAGCAACAGGCUGGAAGAUUUUGAGUUUUCCCUCCAGUGAUUUACAGGCAAGAAGAAUGUUGUGAGUUGCCUGAAUAUUACAGCAACUAGAUGCAUUACUUUAAAUCUCCAGGUUCAUCCCCCCCCCCUCCUCUCUACCCCCAUAUAUAUCUGAACAUUGCAGAGCUCUGACAUCUGACCAAGUAUAUGAAUUUCAGGUCUGACCUCAGCUUCUACACUUAGAACACAAUCCACUGGUUCUUUGUCCUUCCCCAAACCAUGCGAUAAUAUCCUCAAGAUCGCAUUUCUCCUUUUAGUGCUACAGCAUGAGAAGGGCAUUGAUAAUAAUAAAGAUCCUCUUCUAUGCAUGGCUAAUCAUAUGGCAACGGCAAAAGACCUCUAAUAUAAAUUGCUGUGAUAGGGAAUAUGUUCACUAAGGGCCUAAUCUGGAGUCAAUUGAAAGACUCCAGUUGGCUUUGGAUAGACCUGUGGGCCUGAGCUGUAAUACCGGAGGGCUGUGGAGAUAGAGGAAGAAACCACAAGGGUCUGUUCAGGUCAGUGGUCCAUGUCACUAUUCUGAUGGCAGUGAUGGGUGGAGCAAAACAUAGGCUCCAAUCAUGCAGUCACUACCAUGCAAGUUGCUUGCCAUGGUCAGUAGUGAGACAACAGGCGUAUUCCCAGUAGCAAGCAUUAUGCCCAGUAGUCCGUGCUAACAGGAUCAAGCCCUUGACUGGUAAAUAAUAAAAAAAGUUGACUCCAAAUUAUAUAGUAGUUUUUCUGCUGAAACCAGUUUAGGCUCCCAUCUGACAAACACAUGCACGUGCAUUGCCUCCAAGGAUACUUGGACUAGUCCCAAAUACAUGAUUGUCCAUCUGCCUAUGUCACAACCAUGGGAGGAAUAAAUGGAAAUGGUGUGACUCAGACUAUACGCCCAUGCAAGUCUGUGCGAACCAGGUCUGCGUGCCUGCUUCCUCUUUUGCUGGAGCAUGUGGGGAGGGAGGGUCAGGAAGGAGGCAGACUCACAGUUCCUCCCUCUACUUACGGAGACAGUAUGCGGAGUGUCAUGAUUUGCUGCUGGUAAAGACGUGCAGGAAAUUACUGACUUCCCUGAGUGACAGAAGCAGGGGGUGGAUCUUGUUAUUCUUUUUACCACCCAGAGAGCUUGUAUUUAAUAACAACCAAUAUAUGUUCAUCUAAAUGUUACCUGGCACCGCUGUGAGAACCUGCUCUAAACUACAGCCAGCCAGGCUCUUCUGCCCCCUACAGUCCAGAAUCCCGCCUUGCAAAAUGAAGGAGGAUCUUUGCUGGCUGCAGUCCACAGCCUCCACAGCACUGACCGUUGCCCCACAGCGGAAGGGAGCUGAGACACCAGAGCUGUGUGUCUAUUUUCUACACUGCUGCAAUUCUUGGGCCCGCAGCAGGUUAUCUGGUAGGAGGAAUGUUUCUAAAUAUUUAUACUCAUAUAGGCAAACAAAUGGAUCUAACCCCAGAUAAUACUCUCUGGGUUGGGGCCUGGUGGAUAGGAUUCCUGGGUGCUGGAGCUGCUGCCCUUCUCACCGCCAUUCCCAUUCUGGGUUACCCUCGCCGGCUGCCAGGAUCCCAGCGCUACAUCAUCAUGAGAGUCUCUGAGACUCAUCAGCUGAAAGACGGGAGCCAAGAAAUGGCAUCGGAUCCCGCCUUUGGGAAAACAGUUAAAGACCUUCCACGAUCAUUAUUGCUGCUUCUGAAGAACCCUACCUUCAUCUUCCUAUGUUUAGCUGGAGCAACUGAAGCCACGCUCAUUGCGGGAAUGUCUACUUUUGGACCCAAGUUCCUUGAGUCACAGUAUAGUUUAAGUGCCUCUGAAGCUGCUACCUUGUUUGGUUAUCUUGUUGUGCCAGCGGGGGGAGGAGGCACAUUCCUGGGAGGAUUCAUCGUGAAUAAGUUUAAGCUUCGCUGUUCCGGAAUCAUCAAAUUGUGUUUACUUUGCACAGUGACAAGUCUCCUGGCUGUUUUCAUAUUUUUCAUUCAUUGCCCUAACAUGCCUAUGGCGGGAGUAACGCAUAUGUACAACCGAAGCAUCUUACUGGAAAGCAGCCUAAACCUGACAGCAGCGUGCAACACUGAAUGUGACUGUCUAAGGGAGAUCUACAGUCCAGUCUGUGGAAGUGAUGACAUCAUGUAUUACUCUGCCUGCUAUGCAGGGUGCAAAAAAAAGUCAAUCCUCGAUAGUGGCAAGACGGUUUACUAUGAAUGUAGCUGUGUCCUGGAGAAUGAUCCCAGUGGUUCUGCCCAAGCGAUUCCAGGGAAAUGCACUUCCUCCUGUGAGAGAACUCUCCUGCUGCUUUUCAUGUUUUUUGUGAUUUUCUUUACAUUCCUAUGCAGCAUUCCGGCGCUGACCGCAACUCUACGGUGCGUCUCCGACCAACAGAGAUCAUUUGCACUAGGAAUCCAGUGGAUUGUAGUAAGAACUCUAGGAGCCAUUCCCGGUCCUAUUGCCUUUGGCUCAAUGAUUGAUCUAUCAUGUCUGGUGUGGCAGGACCAGUGUGGAGAACAAGGUUCUUGCUACGUUUACCAGAACUCCGCCAUGAGCCGAUACACUCUGGUUGCUGGAAUUAUCUACAAGGUGGUUGGAACAGUCUUCUUCCUGCUGGCCUGUUUCCUUUACAAACCGCCUCCCCCAGAAUCCCUACCAGGGAGCUCAGCUGCUUCGGAAAAUGGGAACUGUGUCCUCCAAGAGAACAAAUCAUCUCUCCAGACCCAAGCUGCUGACUAGCACUGUAAAUACUGCAAGGGACUUUCUCAGCCUCAGACAUACCAUGUCAAGAUAUUGUUCUAUUCCUGUUUUUAUGAUUACUAUUAUUAUUACUAUUGCUUUACACUUUUGUGUUUCUAUUUAAAGAAGGAUAUUUGAAGUAAGUUCUGGUUUGGCAUAACAUUUUCUGAAUGGCAGAAGCACACGAGAGGAUCUGUGCAUUGAUGCCAUAUGAGGAUCUGUGCAUUGGUGCUAGACACUGUUAUUUUACUCACUGGUAUCUUUAUAGCACUUCUAUAACAAACCUGAACCACACUAAAGGGAACCACUGUGGGACAAAGUCUCAGCUGGUGUAAACUGUUGGAUUAUUUGUGGUCCUUGAGCUAUUGUGCUGUUUGACACAGAAAUACGUAAGAUAUGGAUCUAUGCAAUGUUUUGUUUAUUCUGCUCUGUAAAGACAUUGUUUUUAAGUACGCAGAAAAAUCAGAACUAAUUUAAUUUUUCUUAGACUGCUAGUUUAAAGAGAAACCUAACAUAGCGACAGACUUUAUUGUAGGAAGCUAAUGAAAAGAUCACCCAGAUUCUCAGCUGAUGUAACUAGACAUAGCUCUGAUUUCAGUGGAGCUACGCUGAUUUGCACCAGAUGAUGAUCUGAUCCAUUGUUUGCAAAUAAACUGGGCCACAUUUUCAAAAAUGCCCUUUAAAUAUGCACUGCAGUAUUAACCGUAUGUUGUUGGCAAGACCAAGCAAUGGAUUUUCAGCAUCUAAUGGCCAGAUUUCUGGGUGGCUGUCUCACCCGCACCCACAAAAUCAGGCAGGUGUCAAAAUCUUAUUUGGCUCUUCAAAUGGUUGCACAAGCAAAAAUUACAGGUAACAAUUCAGCACUUGGAUUGAGGCCCCUCUGAAGAUGCAGGCCCCUGAAGUCCUUACCCUGCAUAAAACUGUAGUGAAGAAUUCUAGGACAAUCACUAACGAGCUGUUUAAUCAACCUGUAAUGGUCACUACAAAAUAUUUAGAAAGAUUUUGUAGCUACUUUGUAUAUUUUUUUAUAUUUAUGUUUUUGUAAAAGGGUAAAGAAGGUUGAAAAGCUGUUUAUAGUUUUUUCGCAAAGGACCAAACUUUCCCGAGCACAGCCGUCACCAUUAAACACGGCCAUAUACCAUGCCUGGUGUUUCCCAUUCUACUGAGGGUGAUACUGUGGUGGAGAUACGGGGUUGAAGUAAAAUGUCCGUUCUCUCCUUAACACUCACUGGGAAUGGGCUCUGAAUAAGAGUUCCUCUGCCAUCCGUGAAUCCUCCUCCUCCACCAAGGCCAUGCAGAAGCAGCCAUUAAAAGGCCCAUAUUUACCAACCGUUGUCACACCACAGUGUCUAGGGAUGUCUACACAGCAUUUUGGAGCAAACCUCUCAGCCUCAGGCUAGUUGCACUAUUGCUCUACAAAUAGCUGUAUAGUAAACCACACAUUGCAGUUGUGGCACGGGCUGGUGCUUGGGCUCUGAAUCCCCCAGCACCAGCCGCAACUUCAGCAGCUUCAGCCCGAGCUGCAAGUUUAAAGCACUGUCUAUACCGCAACUUUUAGAGCCAUUGAUCUGGGCUGAAAGGCUCACUCCAAAAUGCCAUGUACACCUACCCUGAGAGAGAAUAGCUAGUACUGGGAAACACUGCAAUGUCUCUGGUAUCAUAGCAUGGUAACUACUGCUGAACACCGACAUUCUGGAAGGCAUCCCUGAUCAGUAGCUCUGGGUAGUCAUGGACCCAUUGGUAGUGCCUGCCCAGAAUAAACCCCUACGCACUGGCGCAUACAGAGCCCUUGCGGUAUUCUGGGUGUGGUGUCCCUCUCUCUGCUGCUUGACACCCACUCCCCAUCUUACACACCUGUGGGGGUUUAAGGGGAAUGACUAGGCCCAAAGAGAUUAACCUUGACCAAUAGUAAAUGGUUCUUCAUGCCCGUCAACAGUUUUCUCAGGCACCUAUGAGCAAGACAACCACUAUCUACAGGAGUCUGCCACUCCAGUACACUAGAAACAAGAAACUCUUCCCAAUACUUUGGGUACAAGCAGUAGCCUGGUGAGUUGCAUGACGUAAUUUGGGGAAAAUAUUUUGUGCAUAAUGUACUUAUGAUGUUAGAAGUGUUUAUAAAUAUGAUAUGCUUUAGUGGUGUUUAUAAAAUGAAAUUUGUUUGAAUUUAUCAUUUCAAGAGCAAAAGAAUAGUGGUGUUUUAUGAUGUUAACGUGGGACUGAAAAUCCUUGAUUUUAAUUAAAUGGCAAAAAAAACCCUGUUCCUAUUAGGGCAACAUUUGUAUAUAAAAAAUAUGUACGUGCACAUGGUAUCUGAAAGGACAUUUCCCCAUCUCAUGUGAAGUAUUGUAUUCCCAUGAUUUCACAGAAAUAUAAGCAAUAUUUAACAGGUCCUUUGUGUGUGGCUUGAUCAGCUUCAUUUCAUUCUGAAUGGUGCUUUUGAGGCAAAUGGAAUGAAUUAGCUUAGCCAUACUAUAAUGUGGUCACAACUGGAAAAAUUGGGGCGUAGACACCUGCACCUCUCAAUGAAACCAGUGAGAACUGUGGUGCUAAGCAACUCUCUGGACACAAUACUUUUUAGUGCCAGAUAGCUCUUUGGAUUGUGAUUGAAGUUUUGAUACACCACCGCUUUGGUUCUCUUUUUAACUACUAACAUUUUCUUCCUGCGCUCAUGGAGGAAGGUUACACAAGUGGGAGUAAGGGAAUGGUUGGGGUUAGGGAAUGUGAUCCAACACAGAUUGAAGACAAUGGAAAGCCUCCUGUUGACUUAAUUGGGCAUCGGACCUGGAUCAAGAUAAGCAGACACCUAAGAGGAGCGAUCUGAUUCUGUUUCAGAGAAAGUCCAUUCUGCCACUAGACUUCUUCCAUCUGUCUAGUACCUUUGGGGAAAAAGAACAGUAUGAGGCCAUCUCAGGUCAGUGGGCUUUUAUGGAGAGAAGACUUGGUAACAUGGGAAUUGGAUUUCCUGAACUUCUUAGGAUUCAUCUUACAAUACUGAGCUCAGAACACAACUAGGUUUCUUGGUACUGCUCAUCACUAGUUGAGAUAACGUGGAAGGACAACAGCAAUUCCUAAAAUUAAAAUGUAUGGAAAAAUCUAAGAACCUGGGACAACCUUAGGUCAAGGACAAGGGUGGCAAACAAGAGCCUCUUCUUGGAUCUUUGUGGGAAAAGGAGGAUAGGGCAGAGUGUGAGCACAACCAAACGAAACAGAAUGUCAGUGUGCUUUUGCUCUGAGGAGAGAUUUCUCUUCUGCGCUCAGCCCAGUUGGGACUCAUUUCAUUUUCUUUUCCUUGUGCCAACCUGAAUGCAAUGAUAGGUUUAUUUUUAGAAAACAAAACAGUUUUUUUUCUUGUGCCAAGUGCAUUAUUGUCAAAUAUCGAGGGACACAUCAUCAGCUGGCGUAAAGUGAGGUAGCUCCAGCAGAGUCAAUCGAGCUACGGCACUUUUUCAUUCGCUGGGGACCCAGCCCUGAUUCUGCAUAAGCAGGACCAGCCACCUUGCAAGGGCAAAACACGAGGUCUUUGGUUAUCAGAGAAGAACAAAAUGAGCAAGAUCAGACCCUCACUUUCCCCCCAGUGAAUUGUUUUAGGACCUGAUCUUGAAAUUGGAGCUGUACACACACAGCUCUGGGUCUACGAGGAGCUGCACUGACGUCAGCAGUGCUCCAUGGGAGUGCAAAGGUCAUCAUGCAUCGAGUCAACUGCAGGAUCAGUUAACAAUUACCACCUGCUAGGCCGAAUUUUGACUCUUUCUCUUCCUUUUGUUCUCCUUGAUUACGAGGACAAAUAACAGCUUUGUUGGGCUUUACAGCCCUCUCCAGGUUCUUGGAUGUUUAAAGCAUGGCAUUGGUGAACCACAGUGUACAGUACAGCUACAUUAAGAGAUACAAAGGCAAUCAGAUUGCAAAUGUCUUUAAAUUCAUUAUGUAUAUGUGUAAUAUAAACGUCUGCAUUGUUUUUGUACUGGUGCAUUGAAAUAAAAUAUUAAAUUAAAAUGGC